GUGUUAGGUGCAAAAUACCUGAUGAAUCGGGUUUUUUCGGUUGCACUCAUAGCAGUAUCCAUAGUUUGUAGGGAAACAUUCUCCAAAUAUGAUCCUUUUCUUUAUUAUUAUGGAACUGUUAUGAUCACAUACGUAUUGUUUGGAUCUACAUUUUCAAUUGUAAUUGCAUUUUGGGGAUAUUAUUCUUCUUGCAAAAAGAGACCAUCUAGACUGUUCAAUGUUGCCCUAAGUCUGAACUUGAUUUCACACAUCACAAUAUCUAUAAUCUACAUCAGCUUUUUGGAAGAGACUCUGACAGAGACAGUGGAAACACAAUUUGAAGAGCAAAUUUUAACCUACACAAAAAAUCCACAGGCUUUGGACUAUGCACAGAUAUCAUUAAAUUGCUGUGGAAAAUACCAAGCCAGUGACUGGUUUCAAUAUUUACCUCACAUACCAGCAUCAUGUUGUCCACAUAAUAAUGAGACUAUUGCCUGUACAAUUGGUGACUUUUUUACAAUGAACCAUAAUGGUUGCAUCAAGGAACUAGAAACAAUUACUGAACCAAAUGUAGAAGUGAUAUUAGUAUUGUUUCUUGGCCUGCAGAUAUCAGAGAUUCUUACUUUGGUCAUGUCUAGCUGGUCUUAUUGGCAUACCAUGAUUAAUGAACAUAACAACAGUGCUGCAGAGAAGAAAACAGCUGCAAGAGUUUCCCAAAUUCCUGAAAUAUACCAGACUCACUUAUAGGCAGACUGUUUUACAAACACACUCUCCUCUGAAUAGUAAGAUAUUACAGGAAACAAUAUGAACAGUGCUGGUGUUGGCAUGGGCAGACUGGGCAAUCAAUCAGGGCCCAGACAACAUGGGGCCCAAUGUUAAGACUCAUGUUGAGACUCAUGAGACAAAAUUAGUAAAACAUAGGAAAUGAAAUUAGAAGCAGAGAAUAUUGUGAUCGUAAUUUUAUAAGUCACGAUCUGAUAUUUCAUAAAAUGUUUAAUUAAUUUUUACCUUAAAUAGUUAAUAAUAAUCAUUACUUAUAAUGUAGGAUUACAUGAAAUGAAUCAAAUGAUGCUAACAUUAUGACAGGUUCUACUAAAAUUCAUAAUUAUUAUUCAUGUAUUGAACAAGUG